AUGUCGCCUUCCCCGAUCCGAUGCCGCGGGCCGUGGAAAAUACAUAAACGUUCUUCUGAGCCGGACCGUUGGCUCGAUGAAAUGGGUUUUUUUCGUAAGCAUACGGCCCGCGACUCCAGUUGUCUGUUUAGAGCCGUGUCCGAAAACGUUUAUAACACUCAGAGAUAUUUUCACAAAGUGCGCCUGGACUGCGUUCAGUUCAUGGCCGCGCAUCGCCACCUCUUUGAAGGGUCAUUGUCUUGUCCAUUUGACAAUUACCUUAAAGAGAUGUCUAACCCAUCAGAAUGGGGUGGUCCCAUUGAGAUAUCGGCCAUGAGCCAUCUUUAUAGACGUGAUUUUGUUAUAUUUGAAGCUAACAAAGGUCCUCAGACUAAAGUCUGUAACGGCUAUGGCAACACCACUUACCUGUUCUACUCCCCCGACACUAAACAUUUUGAUGCCGUUUACACUAAAGAUUUCAUUAAUGCAUCAUCUUUCUGUCAGUCGUUGGUAUAUGAGAUACUAUAUGACGGGGUGUACCAGCUCAAAGACCUGCCGUACGCCGUAGAUAAAAUGCUACACGAUAAGGUCCCGACUAACCACAUAGAAUAUUUCAUGUCGGAAAAUGUCGAACGACGUAAAAAACAGAAAGAGAGAGCGAAGAUCUUUAUAGAGGCGCCGAGCGAGGACGACAAGGACAGAAAUAAUAAUGCACUGGCCCUCAAGUGUAAACACCACACACAAGACCUGGAGAGGGCCAGCCUGCUCAAGGAGUCUCUGAGCAUCUUCGUGUUCAACCGGAGCCUCAUCCAGCUGGAGAACGUGUGCAUGAACUGUCUGAACGUGAACAGCGCCAAGGACCUGCUGGAGAACGGCAUCACGCCCUUCCCCUACAAGGUGGCCAAGGCGCUGGACCCCGACAUAUACCGCAACAUAGAGUUCGACGUGUGGAGCGAGCUGCGCAGAGAGCUCCGCUACGGCGCGCGGUACUGCGACGGCAGCACGCUGCAAGUGGGCGUCAAGUGUCUGUGUAGGCUGGAGGCCGAGCAGUCCGCGCCCUACCACUGCCACAUACAGGAGAUGCGGCCCGACGGACCCUGCCUGGUGUUCGUGGAGGAGCUGGGCGAGAAGAGGCUCGUGGACCUGGACCGGCUCGAGCCGCUGCCGGUAGAGCAGAUCAAACCCUGGGCACCUCCCUAUAGAUACUCCCGCACCAACUCCCAGAUACUCAACUUGAGCCAAAUGUUGCAGCAAAUAGGCAAUAUCACACGGAAGCAAGGAUUGAGGGCCAAGAAGACGAAGGAGGAGUCUGAUAAGGGUCACAGGGAGUCCGGGAGCGACAAGGAGGCCGAGGGUCACGACCUGCCCCUGUACUGUCAGGGAGUCUACAGCUACCCCCACACGGACUUUAUCAAUUUCCAACCGAUGCCUGUUGAGGUAAAAGCACUUCCCCUCAUGGUGGACUGCCGGCCGGCGGGCGCUCCGCCCCACGACAUGCCCCACAACAACGGGACCGGCGACAACAGCCAUCAGCAGGCUCCCAGCGGCGAGAUGGUGUCUCACGCGCGCGCCUCCACUCCCGCCGCGCCCGCAUACCAGCACGCAUACAACGGUGCGAUGCCAUCCGUCCCUCCGGUGGGCGUGGGCGGUGUGGGCGGCGUGGGCGUGGGCGGUGUGGGUUACUGCGCCCCCUACGGGUGCGGGAUGAAGUCCGUAGUAUGGUGCGCGCCCCACGCGCCCCCUCCUCCUCCGCCAGGCGUCAACCCGCACGCCUACAAGAGCCUGCAGCCAAGCGGCGCCGACCUGCCCAUGAACGACAUGGCCACUCUGCGGUUCUACUUCAACGUGGGCGUGGAGUGCGUCUGGGCGGCGUACGGAGCGCCUCAGCCGCCCGCCCAGCCGCCUCAGCCGCCCGCCCACAGACACUACUCGCCGCGCGACCUGACCCAGGACAUGGCCGCUGUUUCUCUUGAUCACAAGAAGGACAAGCCGCCUCCGCUGAAGGGCAACCCGCAGAGGCCACUCGUUGGACCGAGGUUCAAACGCAACAACAACCAGGACGGGAAUCAGAACAAGGGCCACAACAACAACAACAUGCCCAACAAGGGUCCCAACAACCGUCGCAACUCGCACGUGGACGGUCGCGUGCAGUACAUGGGCGGCAUGGGCGCCGGCGGCGUGGGCGGCGUGGGCGUGGGCGUAGGUCUGGGCGAUGAGUGCGUGGAGCCCCUGGUUCCUUUCCCCUACCUGUACCCUCCGCCGCUGUACUCAGUUCCCUAUUACCCCAUCGAUUCUGAACCUGCCAUGAUGGGCAUGAUGAGCGGCAUGGGCGGUAUGGGCGGCAUGGGCUACGUGCCCUACGAGGAGGGCGUGGAGUACGCGCCCGUGCAGCCGUUCUACCCGCCGCAGUUCGCCCCGCCGCCUCACGCGCUGGGCCCGGCGCCCCCCCCGGCCGGCCCGGCGCCGCCCCCCGCGCAGCACGCGCCGCCCGCCCCCAUCCACCACCCGGAACACAAACUGAUAGUGACCAGCCGGUCCCCGUUCCCGUCCCCGUGUCGUGUCGUGUCCCGUCUGCGCGAGGGUCGAGCUGGUCUCCUCAUAUAUACGGCCGUCCCUCUACCCUCGCCUCUCUAUGAUAUUUUUGGAAGGUUUAUAAAAGUUUUGGCUGUGAUUCGGACGCAAUUUUGCCAUUUUGAAAGUUAUCGUCCGCCGCCACCGCGUUGGAAGGAAGCGAACACGCUCAUAGCGACCCUCUCCACUGAGGAAACGAACUCCCGUUGA